AGGUAAAUCAUUCGGUUUGGGUGGUAAAAGCCAUCACCUUUUGUCAUACACAGAUUUCCAGUGAUCACGUGAAGAAAAAUGGCGAACAACGAAGCCACCGAUGCCUUUUGCGUCGCAACUGGCACCUGGAAACCUGGCAUAACCAGCGCCGAAGUCCUUCGGCACUACGAUAACAUGGCAGAGAAGUACGACAAGUACGUGCAUGACAUGAGCUACAACGGUCCCCGGCAGUGUGCAGAGGCUCUAGCUGAGGUCAUGUCAGGUAACAAGGCCGCACGGAUCCUGGAUGUAGCGGCCGGGACCGGCCUGUGUGCGACGGAGCUGCUGAAGUUGGGUUAUACCAACCUGGAUGCGAUUGACGGGAGUCAGGGUAUGUUAGACAUUGCCAAGUCCAGGAACCUGUACCACAGGUACAUCUGUGACUUCCUGGGGCCACGCCGACUCGACAUAGAAGACGAUCACUAUGAUGCCAUCGCCUGCUGCGGUUCGUUCAGUCAAGGUCACUUGAAGGACGACUGCUUCCCGGAACUCAUCCGCAUCGUUAAACCUGGCGGUUUGAUCUGCAUCGCAAUGCGGGAAGAGUUCCUGCACACUGUAGAGGCGUACAGGGGCAAACUGGAGCCCGCCAUGGUGGCCUUGGAAAACAAGGGAUGCUGGGAAAGAAUGGCACGUGACAUCGUUCCCAAGUACUACAACGACAAAGAUGGCGUCGUGUUUAUCUAUAGGGUGCUUGCUCAAUAGUAAAGAAUGAACCCGAUUUUAAUGUGCAUUCCAACGUAGAAAAACUGAGCGAUAUUUAGGGAAGGGAACCAUGUAGAAGUUUUUGAGCGACCCUUUUCUCAGUCCAGCAUCUUUCAUGUAUGCUCUGGUGUGUGAUCUUAUGAACAUUGCAUUUGUAACAAAACCUUUGUCUUUAUGUAUUCAAUCCCAUGUAAUUUUUUAUACAGUUAUUGCCAUAUUAGCAUUUGAUUCAGGUAUGUGUACUAGUAUCCAUGGUAAGGCAGCGUCAACUUCGAUUCCUGGGACAUGCACUUAGAAUGCCUGUGGGGGAACCAUGCCGGACAUAUGCCCUGUAUGUACCGACGCACGGCAAAAGGCGCCCAGGGCGCCAGCGACUCGACUACCUGGGCUACAUCCGGAAUCUGUUGGGGGACGCCGAGGGUGACCUACGGCGGCCAGAGGACAUUGCCAACCUGGCGGCGGGUCGUGGGGAAGACUUGUGGUCGACUGCUCCGCAGCCGGACGAUGAUGAUGAUGAUGAUGUACUAGUAUCUCGUCUUGACGCUGGCAAUGAAUAAAAACCGUUGGUGAUGUC